CUGCUCUUUCAAACCAAAUUUUCAUUGGUGAAGGGAAAAAAUCAGAAUUUCAAGGAGGGCAAGAAGAAGAAGAGGAGAUGAAGUUGGUGUGGAGUCCGGAAACAGCUUCCAAGGCUUACAUCGAUACUGUUAAAUCUUGCGAGCUCUUCGAAGAAUCCAGCGUGGCCGAGCUUGUGUCGGCCAUGGCCGGUGGAUGGAACCCGCAGUUGAUCGUCGAGGCGUGGCAUCGAGGUGGAAUAGUUGCUACCAGCGUCGGCCUGUCUGUCGCCAGCCGUCACACGCACGGUAGGCACGUCUGCGUCGUCCCGGACGAGAGGUCAAGAUCGGAGUACGUCGACGCCAUGCGUGAGGUCGGCAUGACGUCGGAAGUUAUCGUCGGAGAGGCGGAGGAGGUGAUGGAUGGGCUCGUGGGUGUGGACUUCUUGGUGGUGGAUUGCCGACGUAAGGACUUCGCUAGGAUACUGAGGCUCGCUAAAUUGAGCCCCCGGGGUGCAGUUUUGAUUUGCAAGAACGCAGGUUCAGGCGCUAGUUCUGGUUUCAGAUGGCGUAGUGUUCUCGGCGGUGGGUCCCGGGUGGUCCGUUCGGCGUUUCUUCCCGUUGGCAAGGGUGUGGAGAUUGCUCAUGUGGGUGCUACUGGUGGAGCCCCGAAAGGUAGGAGCCGUUGGAUCAGGCACGUCGAUCAGGAAUCCGGCGAAGAGCAUUUGUUCCGGCGAUGAAUUUUGUCUUUGAAAAGUUUCCUCUUAUAUGAUUUUCUUUCUUUUUCCUGUACAUAUACCAUUACCAUAAAACAAAGGGAGAAAAUUUUUCAGA